AUGGCGGCCAACCGCGCCGGCACCAUUCAGCAGAGCUUCCUCCGACAUUACCGGACCCAGCAGUCGAAAGCACAACCCGGAUGGCAGCAAUCCGUGCCCCCAGAGGAGCGCGGAACCGUCGCAUUCCAGUUCUUCACCUCGUACCGGCUGCUGAAGCCCGAGCUCAGCGAACAAGAAGCGCUGCGCAUGUCGAUACAAUUCGAGACCCAGACCUUCUCGACUUCUCAGACGAAAGACCAGUAUAGCACCCAAAUGAGGCAGAAGAUGUACGCCAUGCAGAGCCUCCGCCAGCAGCAGCUUCAGGGUAUGCAAGGCAACCCGAACAACCCUAUGGCCGCCAUGAAUGCUGUGCAAAUGGGCAUGAUGGGACAGCAGAACCCCCAAGCUCGACAGAAUACCCCACAACAGCAGCAGCAGCAGCAAUUUCCCCCAGGGUUCCCGAAUCCUCAACUCCGGCAACCUAUGCAGGUCUCCUCGCUUCCUAUGUCACAAAGCCAGUCUUCUAUGGGUGUGAAUGGUCCUAACCAGCCCAACCAGCCCAACAUGCAACCAGGGCAACCGCAACCGCAACCGCAACCGCAACCUCAACCUCAACCGCAACAACCGCGCAUAGAUAAUGCUCUCCUCCUCCGGCUCGCUCACAAGUUAAUGCAGAAUUCGAGUAACGAACAACGACAACAAAUCCAACAGGAAGUCGCAACGUGGCCGGAAGAGAGGCGUCAGGCGAUGCAGCAGAGGGGUAUCAACCCUCUCUUGUGGAAAUAUCGACAGCAGGCGGAGGAGCUUGUAAAGAGCGGAAAAAUCAACGCAGCUCAAAUAGCAGCUCUUCAAGGCCAGAACCAGGUCAACCAGAUGGGCGGAGCAGCGCAGCAGCCGGGCCAAAUGAAUCAGAUGCAGAACCAGCAGAUGAACAUGAACCAACGCCAGCCCAACCAGGACUUUGACUUCAACGCCUUGGCAAACCAACAGAUUGAGGCGAUCCAGGUCCAAAACCAAGGGCAACAGGUCGUCCCGGCUAGCAACAACUCGAAUGGCGCGCAAAUGGUCGCGUUCCCGGGGCAGAACGCGCAACAGGGACAGCCGCAGAACGCUGCCAUGGCCCAGCGCCAGGCUGCUCACGCUGCCGCACUCCAGAAUCAAGCCAACAUUGCUCGGCAAGCGCAGGCACAGGCCCAAGCCCAAGCAGCCCGUGCCCAGCAAAUGCAGCAGCAACAACAGCAACAACAACAGCAGCAGCAGCAGCAACAACAACAGCAGCAGCAGCAGCAGCAGCAACAGCAACGGAAUCCCAAUCAAAUGCUCCAGGGUCAGCUUGGUGGUCUCAAUCUGCCACCUGGCACCCAAAGUCCCGCAACAAUGCCAAUGCUCACCCGGCCGUUAAAUAUUCCAGGCCAGCCCGGGCCGACGACACCGCAGCAACGUCCGCAGGCCCAUGUCCCUCAAAUGACACCACAAAGUCAGGGCCAAGUCGAUCCUCAGCUUGCAACCCAGCUGAUGCGUGAGGCUCAGCAACGAGCCGCUGUGGCCGCGCAAGGCCAGCCAUUGACCGAGCAGGCCCGAAUGAGCAUGAUGCCCAUGGACCUCGACCCGGUGGCUAAGCAACAAUUGCUCAAGCUCCCUGAGCCCCAGUUCCGCUCCCUUCUGCAGAACUACAUGACGCAGGUGCGCCGAAAUAACGCCAUGCACAAUGUUGGCUUUCAGGGCGGGCAGCCCACUCCCGGCCAACCAAACAUGAUGAUGAAUCCGGCACAGGCACUUCAAAUGGGACAGAUGAUGAACGGCGGCCCUAUGGGUAGCAUGCGGCCGGGGAUGAACCUGGGACAGCAGACACCUAACGGUAUGGGUGGCCAGCAGAUGGCAAUGGGUCAGCGUCCGGGGUUGCCGCCCCAACAGCGUCUUGCUAAUGCUCAGCAAGUGCUCCAGCAAAAUCCUGGCAUCAUAGCGGUCACGGACGGCAAGCUGUUCCCCCUCAGCGUCCUAAACCAGGGAAUACGGAACAGUCUCCCCGAGAACGUCAAGACAUGGGCCCAGCUCAAGCACUGGGCAAGCCAAAAUCCGGCGCUUAUGCCCGGUGUCGACAGUCAGAAGCUUCUCCUCCUUCAGGUGCUACACUUUCAGGAUUUGAUGCGGCAACAGCAACAGCAACAGCAACAACAGCAGCAGCAACAACAGCAGCUACAGCAACAACAGCAACAACAGCAGAAUGGCAUGGGACCCGGACGUCCUCAGCAACAGAAUAACAUGGGCGGCAUUGCGGCGCCAGCCCACAUGACCCCUAACUCUAUGCCUGCUCGAACACCGCAACCGCCACCAAAUAUGCAGAAUAUGGGGCCCAUUCAAAUCAGCCCCCAGGAGAUCCAGAUGUUCCGACAGAAAUUGCCUCCGCAGCAAGCCAACGUUAGCGACGACCAGCUACGGACCUUCAUCUUCAACCACAGGAUGAAUCAAAGGAGACAACAGCAGCAGCAAAUGCUCAACAACAUGCAAGCUCAGCAACGAAAUCAAGGUCCACAACCGCCUCCGGCCAUGCCGGGUCAGAUGCCGCAAGGCUCUCGUCCGCCCACUGCGAAACCCCAACCUGCUCAAGCCGUCCCCCAACCAAAGCCGGUGAGCCAGCCACAACAGCCACCACAUCCCUCGCAACCCGCCCAGCCUAGUGGACCGAACAACUUGAGUAAAGGCGUGAAGCGACCGAACGAGGAGAUGGCCGACGGAAGCACCGAAGUACAAGCCUCCAACGCAGCCCCGCAGGCGCCCGCCAUGGUUCCGUCGAGAUCCCAGCAAGGACUCAACCUCACGCAGGAGCAAAUUUCCAAGCUUACUCCAGCCAUGCGCGCACACUUGUUGAAGGCUCAAGACGCGUCGAAUAACAAGGCGCAACAACGUUCUCUACCCAGUCAGGAGGAGCUUCAGGCCCGAUUGAAGGAUCCGGCGCGAGAGAAGAAGUACAGACUCAUGAUCAAUGAGGAGGAUCAGAAGCUCCCACGAGGCCAGCCUGUCCACAUCUCGCCGGAGACACGGUCGCAGCUGCAGCACACCAUCAAGGAGAAGAUUCAGCACAUCAAGAAAGUGGAACAGGCUCUCCGAAUAUUCCUUGCCGGUUAUGAGGGAGGAGACUCCGAGAACGUUGCACGAACUGUCAUCAAGGCCCGCAUCUUGUUGCUGAGGCAAAUGAACCCCGCAGACGGUACCCUUCAUUCCGACCUCACCAUAUCAGAAGCCGAGUUCAGGCAGAAUAUUCGCCAUAUACUCAGCUUCGUUAGCAAGGUCAUGUCAAGGAUGUCGCAAAGUCAGCAAGGUCAAGGCAAUGCACCACCACAGAGUCAACAGCAACCCCAAGCUGCUCAGGCUCAGAACCAAGGUGCAAAACCCCCUCAACUCAACGCUGCCAAUCUCAAAAUUAUGGAGCAGCAGCAGCGACAGCAGAAGGCUCCACCAGCGCCUGUCACAUCACAACCACCGUUCCCUAUUGGGGGGCAGUCUCCUAGCGGAGCACCCACAUACUUCGAAGGCGCAAAGCCACUCACACACCUAGCCCUACCGGAGAAGAAGAGGCAGAAGAUGGACCCCACUAGUCAGAUGCCGACUCCUGGUUCGAAACCUUCUCCACGUAUUAGCUCGGGCAAGGGCGGUUCUCCGGAGCUCAAGAGACAGCCACCGCCCGAGAAGCCUGCGGUGCAGAAACCAACCUUCCGAUGCAAGAGUACGGACUGCGAGUAUGCCAUUCGCGGAUUCGACACGCAAGCCGAGCUGGAGGCGCAUAUUAGCCAGGCGCACGCUAGGAUUGAUGACCCACUACAGUUCGUUCUUGAGUCGAUGGCUGAUCUCACGGAAGUGGAUGUAAAGACAGGCCGACCAAAGGCCGACUCAGCGGCUGCAAAUCGUGUUAUCAAACCGGCAUCGGCAUCGGCAGCCCCUCGUGCGCCGCUUCAGCCAGGAAAGUCUGGACAAACUCCGAGCAUGUCGCAGACUGCCGCGACGCCUGCUGGGCCGCCAGCCGCAGCCACACCUAUGUCGCGGGUUCCAACACAGCCCGGAAUCAAGAACUCGCCAUCCACUAAUCUCCUUAGGACUCCACAGACUACUGCCAAGGUCGCAACGCCUAGCACGGGAGUGCCUGGCAAAGCCACUCCUGCAAGCGUCACCAAGCCCGCGCCAAAGGAGCCCGAGGUCGCCGCUGUGCCUGAGCCGGAAAAGGAGGAGGAGCUACAGCCGCUUAUCCCAACGUCUCUGUUCGAUUUCUCUUAUGACGACAUUUACUGCGUGCUCGAUGCGAAUGCGCCGUUUACCACGCUGGAUCUCAAGGACGAGGACAACUCUUGGGCUCUUCGUUCUCGGCCGAGUUCUCCAAUCAACACCCCCGAUUCGUCUUCAAAGGAUACGCCGUCCACCCGCCAGUCCGAUAUCUCCGAGAACGACAAUCUCCAGAUCAACAUCGAUAUCAAGGAUGUGGAUAUGCCGAAUGCAUGGGUGGCUGCGCUGAAUGGAGAUCCGCUACCGCUUGACGCUCAGCUCUCCGAGGAUUUGCAGAAUCUGGGUGUUGAGCUGCCGCCAAUGGAUAGUGACGACAUGAUGUUGUUCUAUCCUGAUAGCGCCAUGAUGGAUCUCGACACCUUGGAUAAAACGAUGGAGAGUCUUGGAGGGACGUUGGAUCCCGCCGUGCUGAGCGCAGCGGCCUAA